GACUGCGGGGCGCCUGGAAACCGGUCGGAGGGAGCGCGGUGAGGCGAGGGGCGCGGGCUCGAGGGGCCGGCACAAAUGGUCAGGCGGCGGCGGCGGCGGAGGAGGCGGCGGCGGUAGUCGGAGGCGCGGCGGGCGCUGCCGCCGGUGCGGGCAGAGCUGCGCGCCGCGGCCGCGCGAGUGGCGGCCGGGGCUGCCCCGUCCCUGCCCGCUGCUCCCUUCAUGAAUCGCAAGUUCGGGCCGGGAGGAGCAGCAGCGGCGGCGGGGCGGAGUGAGCCCGGCUGGGCAGGCGGCACGGACUGAGCAUGGCCGAGCGGCGCGGGCCGGCGACGAGCGGCGGCGGGGAAGUUGGCGGCGGGCAGCGGGCGGGCGGCGGCGGCCGGUGCUCACGCCUGCUGCUGCUGCCGCUGCUGCUGGUGUGGGCGGCCGUGCUGCCCGCCGGGGGCCAGCCGCCGCAGUACAACGGCGAGCGGGGCAUCUCCAUCCCGGACCACGGCUACUGUCAGCCCAUCUCCAUCCCGCUCUGCACCGACAUCGCCUACAACCAGACCAUCAUGCCCAACCUGCUGGGCCACACCAACCAGGAGGACGCAGGGCUGGAAGUGCACCAGUUCUACCCGCUGGUGAAGGUGCAGUGCUCGGCCGAACUCAAGUUCUUCCUCUGCUCGAUGUACGCCCCGGUGUGCACGGUGCUGGAGCAGGCCCUGCCGCCCUGCCGCUCCCUCUGCGAGCGGGCCCGCCAGGGCUGCGAGGCCCUCAUGAACAAGUUCGGCUUCCAGUGGCCCGACACGCUGCGCUGCGAGAAGUUCCCUGUGCACGGGGCCGGCGAGCUCUGCGUGGGGCAGAACGCCUCGGAGCGCGGCACCCCCACGCCUGCCCUGCGCCCCGAGAGCUGGACCAGCAACCCCCACCGCGGGGGCAUCGGCGGCGGCCCCGGGGGCUCGGGGUCCGGCGAGCCCCGGGGGCGGUUCUCCUGCCCGCGGGCACUGAAGGUGCCCUCCUACCUGAACUACCGCUUCCUGGGGGAGAAGGACUGCGGGGCGCCCUGCGAGCCCGGCCGCCUCUAUGGGCUCAUGUACUUCGGGCCCGAGGAGCUGCGCUUCUCCCGCACAUGGAUCGGCAUCUGGUCGGUGCUCUGCUGUGCCUCCACCCUCUUCACCGUCCUUACCUACCUGGUGGACAUGAAGCGGUUCAGCUACCCCGAGCGGCCCAUCAUCUUUCUCUCUGGCUGCUACACAGCCGUGGCCGUGGCCUACAUCGCCGGCUUCCUCCUGGAGGAGAAGGUGGUCUGCAACGAGCGCUUUGCCGAGGAUGGCUCCCGCACCGUGGCGCAGGGCACGAAGCGAGAGGGGUGCACCAUCCUCUUCAUGAUGCUCUACUUCUUUGGCAUGGCAAGCUCCAUCUGGUGGGUCAUCCUCUCCCUCACCUGGUUCCUGGCCGCCGGCAUGAAGUGGGGCCAUGAGGCCAUCGAGGCCAACUCCCAGUACUUCCACCUGGCUGCCUGGGCCGUGCCAGCCAUCAAGACCAUCACCAUCCUGGCUCUGGGGCAGGUGGACGGGGAUGUCCUCAGUGGUGUCUGCUUUGUGGGCAUCAACAACGUGGAUGCCCUGCGGGGUUUUGUGCUGGCCCCCUUGUUUGUCUACCUGUUCAUCGGCACCUCCUUCCUGCUGGCCGGCUUCGUGUCCCUCUUCAGGAUCCGGACCAUCAUGAAGCAUGACGGUACCAAGACAGAAAAGCUGGAGAAGCUCAUGGUGAGGAUAGGCAUCUUCAGCGUCCUCUACACGGUGCCAGCCACCAUCGUCAUUGCCUGCUAUUUUUAUGAGCAAGCUUUUAGGGAACAGUGGGAGAGGAGCUGGGUCUCACAGAGCUGUAAGAGCUACGCCAUCCCUUGCCCCAACAACCACAGCAGCCACCACCCACCCAUGAGCCCCGACUUCACCGUCUUCAUGAUCAAGUAUCUCAUGACCUUAAUCGUGGGCAUCACCUCGGGCUUCUGGAUCUGGUCUGGGAAAACCCUGAACUCCUGGAGGAAGUUUUACACCAGGCUCACCAACAGCAAGCAGGGCGAGACCACCGUCUGAGAUCCCCUCCAUGAUCGGGGCUCUGCUGGGCGAAGCAGCCUCUUACCCAGCCUGGGCAAACUUUGGGGACCGAGAGUGGCUUCUGCAGGUGGCAGGGAGCAGAGGACAAGCCAGGGGGGCCCUGUGCCGGGGGCUGCCCAGCUCUGCCCUCCCUGCUCCUCUGGGGCUGUCUCCUGUAGGAACUGAGCACACUGCAGGUUUGGGGAGAGGGAUGUAAAUAGCCUCUGUAAGAUUUUGUAAGUAUAUUUGUAUUUAAAUUACAAAAAUCUCACUUUUUAAUUAUUUAGGACACUUUUAACCCGUUCGUGGAUUUUGAUUCCUCACUCCCCCCUUCUUUAUUUUUUUUUAAUAUAUAUUAAUAUAUAUAUAUUAAUUAUAUAUAUAUAUUAAAGAAAAAGGCGCUUUUUUUUUUUUUUGUGUAGGGCAGGACGGGAUAAAAAACUGCCGGUAAGAGAAACCAAAACACACGCCUUCCUGUGCCCCGCGCAGGUUCUGCGAUGGCUCUCCUUGGAGUUUCAGUCGCAGGGGCAGGGCAGGAGCGAGGCCAGGGCCAGGGCUGCCUCCCGAGGCGGGCUAAGCCCCCGCCUGCGCCCCGUCCCGGGCUCCCGGAGGUCUGUGGCGGUGGCGAAGGGCACCGCUCCCCGCCUCGCCCCCGGCCCCUGUGCGGGAGGAUGGGCCCCCGGCCGGCCCCGCAGCGGUAGGGCGGGCACGGCGCCGGGCCCUGCUGCGGCGGGGGGACCCGCCAGGCCCUUUCUGGGGAGAGGUGGGGGGAGGGUGGUAAAAACAACAUUCAGGCCUCGUUGGAGGGUGUGUUUGGCCUUCCUCUGGAAGGGAGACGCCCUCAGCAGUGUCUGGGACUGGGAGCACUGGCUGCCGGCUGCCCUCUUCCCAUUGUAAAAAGCUAAAUGCACGGCAUAGUUAAAGGAGUUGGCCUGUUGUGGGAGUUGAGGUUGAAAACCGGCGGCACCUGUAGCACGUCCGAUGGCUGAGGGGGUGGCUGGGGACAUGGAUGUACCGAGCUUCCCUCGUCUUGCAUUUUGUGGAAACCCGCUUUUGGGGGGUGAGGCGGUCGCAGGGGCACCCUGGGUUGCUGCUCCCCACCCCCUCCCUGCCACGCUGCUGCUGGUGGGGUUGGAGGGCCAGGAAACGCGGCCUCGGUGAAAACGGCUUCGUUGGAACAAAAUGCAGCAUUCAGAAUUACUAUUUUUUUUUUCCUUAUAUCCAUAAGCUGGCUCUUCAUUUGGGAAACACUGGAGCCAUUGCCAUUCCCCUGGAUUUUAAUUCAUUGACAUUUAAUUCAUUACACGUUACAAGGGUGUGAUGAUUUUUGCCAGUAGUAAAAAUGAAGGGAAAACAGAAAACCAUAAUGUUGAAGCUCUGAUGGGAUAUGAGACCUUAAAGAGCUUCAGUUGUGUUCCCCUCUCUUUUUUUUUGGUGCAGUGAUAACAUUGCAUACUGCAAAUACAAGAUAACAAGUGUGCAGUAUGUCUACUACCUUGUAUGUUCCUGGGUGUGUGGGACUGUGCUUCUUAAUACAAAAAAAAUAAUAAUUGAAAAUGAAAUUGUAACUUUCUACGGCUGCAUUUGAAUAUUUAGUUGUCUGUAUGGAAACAGCAGAAUGCUUCUCUCCUGAUUGUAUUGUUUUAAACUUCUUUUUUUUUAUAUUACAAAUGCCUGUAUUUAGGUUCAUAAACAUUAUCUAUGGCUACCAUACCCUGAAAUGCAAAAAUUAUUUGAAUUUGGUAUGCAUUUAUUUCUGUUCAUUAUCACAAGAUCAUCUAUAUUUAUAGAGGAAUAGAAAUUUAUAUAUAUUAAAUACCAUAUUUUUAAUUUCUCUGAAAUAAAUUGAGGUUUUGUACAAAA